AUGUGGAGAGUCCGGAAAAAGGACUACUUUGGGAUUUGGUCAUUCCCCUUAAUAAUCGCCGCCGUCUGUGCGCAGAGUGUCAAUGACCCUAGUAAUAUGUCGCUGGUUAAAGAGACGGUGGAUAGACUCCUGAAAGGUUAUGAUAUUCGGCUGAGACCAGAUUUUGGAGGUCCCCCUGUGGCAGUGGGAAUGAACAUUGACAUUGCCAGCAUCGACAUGGUUUCUGAAGUCAAUAUGGAUUAUACCUUGACAAUGUACUUUCAGCAAGCUUGGAGAGAUAAGAGGCUGUCCUAUAACGUAAUACCUUUAAACUUGACUCUGGACAAUAGAGUGGCAGACCAACUCUGGGUGCCUGAUACCUACUUCCUGAACGAUAAGAAGUCAUUUGUGCACGGAGUGACCGUCAAGAACCGUAUGAUCCGCCUGCAUCCGGAUGGGACAGUCCUUUAUGGCCUCAGAAUCACAACCACAGCUGCAUGCAUGAUGGACCUGAGGCGGUACCCACUGGAUGAACAAAACUGCACCUUGGAAAUUGAAAGUUAUGGAUAUACAACCGAUGACAUUGAGUUUUAUUGGCGUGGGGAUGAUAACGCAGUGACAGGAGUAACCAAGAUUGAGCUUCCACAAUUCUCUAUUGUAGAUUACAAACUGAUCACCAAGAAGGUUGUUUUUUCCACAGGUUCCUAUCCCAGGUUAUCCCUCAGCUUUAAGCUUAAGAGAAACAUUGGUUACUUUAUCCUGCAGACAUAUAUGCCAUCUAUCUUGAUCACUAUCCUCUCCUGGGUCUCCUUCUGGAUUAAUUACGAUGCUUCAGCGGCAAGAGUGGCAUUAGGAAUUACAACUGUGCUAACAAUGACCACCAUCAAUACCCACCUCCGGGAGACUCUCCCUAAGAUCCCUUAUGUGAAGGCCAUUGACAUGUACCUGAUGGGGUGCUUUGUCUUUGUUUUCAUGGCCCUUCUGGAAUAUGCUUUGGUCAACUACAUCUUUUUUGGGAGGGGACCUCAACGCCAAAAGAAAGCAGCUGAAAAGGCUGCCAGUGCCAACAAUGAGAAGAUGCGCCUGGAUGUCAACAAGAUUUUUUAUAAAGAUAUUAAACAAAAUGGGACCCAAUAUCGAUCCUUGUGGGACCCAACUGGAAACCUCUCCCCAACUAGACGGACUACCAAUUACGAUUUCUCUCUCUAUACGAUGGACCCCCAUGAGAAUAUCUUACUGAGCACUCUUGAGAUAAAAAAUGAAAUGGCCACCUCCGAGGCUGUGAUGGGACUUGGAGACCCAAGGAGCACAAUGCUGGCCUAUGAUGCCUCCAGCAUCCAGUAUCGGAAAGCCGGGUUGCCCAGGCAUAGUUUUGGCCGAAAUGCCCUGGAACGGCACGUGGCACAGAAGAAAAGCCGCCUGCGGAGACGCGCCUCCCAACUGAAAAUCACCAUUCCCGACUUGACUGAUGUGAAUGCCAUAGAUCGGUGGUCCCGCAUAUUCUUCCCAGUGGUUUUCUCCUUCUUCAACAUCGUCUACUGGCUUUAUUAUGUGAACUAA